AUGCUGUCUGAGGACCUGCGCGCUGGUCUGCCGUUUUUUUGUUGGAUUUGGCAUGCCAGCGUGCAGGUCCUCAGACAGUGUGCCGAGCGAGGAGAGUACGACUCUGGUCUCUCCGAUUUUACCGUGCUCUCUAAACUGGUGCAUGCGCGCAGGUCUGCCGUUUUCUCUUUUUAGAUGCGCGCUGGCACGCCGUUUUUCCCCUGAGUGCGCAUGCAGUUUUCCCCCCUGAGAAGCAGAAAACUCGCACCGUAAACACUUUGUUUGACGCCAUUAUAUAGAUUUUUUUUUCAUCUUUAUUCUCGUCUUUUAAUACCUCAUUUGCUUUUCGUUCAUGCCGCAAGUUUUAUCAGCACCAGGACGAUAUUUGUUCAAAGUUUCGCGAAAUUUUUUUUUUCGAAAGUUUUAUUUUUGGAAAAAAAAAAUGAUAUCUAAAGCCAAGUUUUGGUGGGUUUACGGCAUCACAUUUUUAUAAGAAAGCGCUAAGCUUCUUGCUUUUUUCAUGUCACCGCAAGUUUUGUACGCGUCUACAAUAGAGCACAUUUGCUGGCAAAUUAUUUCUCAAAAAGUGGAAAACAACUUUCUGCUUGGUAAAGUUGAAAUAUAAAAACCUGCCACAAAAAUACAUCUUUUUUAUUACUAUUCAUACUUUGACUUUCAGAUGCAUCGAACAUUAUCAAGGCUAAAAUUUGUACACAUAAAUCGGGUAUCUAGCCGCGUACAAGCACAGUCGUUAAGCUCCGAAGCCGCAAAAGAAAAAGACCUCGAAGAUGUAUCUCAGAAAAGGUUUUUAUUUACAUUUUUCUUUCCCGUUCCUAUCAAGUAUCAUUCAGUGGCCGAUUUUCAAUAAAAACUCUCGAUACAGCAGUUCCCGUUGAAAGAAGAUCGCUGUCGCGGGGUUUAGCGAUGAACAAAUUCGAAAAAGUUUGUCUUUGUCUCAUCCAAUCUUAGCUUUGAAGCUUUCAGGAUUUUAUGAUUUUCCCAGAGUAUACAGAUACUGAUGACGUGCGGAAUAUCGAAGGUUUUGUUGAGAUCCUUAGAAAGUCUCUAGAUUUGUCAGGUAACUCGUUCUCUAUGUCUCAAAUUGUUUGAGUUUUUUAGUGGAUCCAAAAGAGUUGGAAAAAGAAGAGUGUUUGACGACUGAAGUGUUGGAAACGUUACAAAGCAACGCAGCUUUUGCUCUGGCGGUACCGAAAGAGUUUGGAGGCUGCGGAAUGGUCAAUAAAGACACAAUGAAAGUGUUUGAGGUUUUCACCAGAUCGAGGAGAAACGGUAAAGUUUUCUUUUCAGGAAUUGAGUAAAGAUUGGAAUAUUUUUGCCAAUGUUUGGGUUCCCCACGUGGUCGGUAAUCUUAUCACAAUUUAUGGCACCGAACAGCAAAAGGAAGAAUUUUUGCCGAAAAUCGCCCAAGGGAAAUUGCGACCGGCUAUCGCCCUUUUCAAAGACGUCAGGCAAGUUUUUUUUUGUAAGCUUUGUUAUCCGUUUGGUUUUUGAACCUACUUUUUUCAAUUUUGUGUAAAGUUUUGAUCAAGUUUUAGAAAAAAAACUUUAAAAAAAUGAUGUUCUCUAUUCAGUGCUUCUUCUUGCUCCGUUACGCAAGGAACUUCUGGACAGUCGCUGAUUUCUGCGGAAGGCGUCAAAGUUAUGGGAGUUCACAACGCGAACUUUUUUGUGGUAUUUGGCACAUCGCAAAAUCGUUCUACAGUUUGAUGAUUUCCAUUUUCACCGACAAACUAUUGUUUUCAGAAUCAAGAAGAGUCCUCCUGCUACUUGGUUGACGUCACUGCCCUCGAUGAAGUCUCCAAGUUGAAGUUUGUUCGAGACACGACCUUGGGGCUCAAGGCCGUCGACGGUUCGUUUCAGCUUGCAAGUAUCAAAACAUGAAUAGAGCGUUUCAUGGUCGUGUUUUUCGAAAGCUUGGAAGUAAAAUGUUGUAAAACUCUUUCUCUUUGUACGUUCUAGGGGAAAUAUUAAUGAAAAAAAAAGUUUUUCAGUGGGAAGGGUGAACAUAACUACGCAGGUGAAGGAAGGCCAAGUCCUGGGGGGCGUGGGAAACGGCAAAGAAGUUUGAAUGAUUUCCAGUUUUUUUUUUCAAAAAUUGUUUUUUUUAGAUUGGUUCGGAACUGAUUGGGAGCGGAAGAAUGCCGUUGGCGGCGAGUGCCGUCGGCCUCGCCAAGAGAAUCCUCCGCGACGUCGCCGUCCUGUGCAACAAGACCCCGAGUCGCGUCGCCGCCAACUCUUCGCUCGCCGAGGAUUCGCGUGCCCAGAGAAUCGUCACCAAUCUUGCUCUGCAAGUAGUUUGCGGCUUCGUAUCGAGAAAAAGGCUGUGUUUUCCAGGUUUACGGCCUGGAAUCGGCGGUUUACUACUUAGCCGGAAUGAUUGACGAGGGUAUGACGGUGGUCGUCGACAUUGAGAACGCUCUCAUCAGUGUGCGUUUCGAUAUCUUAUAAUUUUUCGUCAGAAACAGUGAGAAAGUGAAAUUAAAAACAAAAAAGUGUUCACAAAAUGACCAAAAAACCUAUUUCCUAUCAUUUUUUUUUUAGCUUUUUCAAAAUAAUGUUUUUUUAAUGGUGAAAAAGAUCUUCGCCAUCGUUCAUUAGUAAAUGAAAAUAGACGGACGAUCGUUGUGGGCGGGAAAUCAAAAACUUUCUCCCCGUGACGACAAUCCAUUCUUUCUAAUGAAUAUUUUAGAUUUUUUUUUUACAUUUUUUCCUAUCUUCCCCUUAUAUAUCACGUUUUCUUCGUCUCGUUUUGUGGCCUAGAUUUUUUUUUGCUCUCAAUUAAAACUAAUAAUUAGGUUUUCUCUCUAGUUAGCUUCAUAUAAAUGAUUAUCCUUUUCAUCUAUCAUUUUUUUCAUGGCAUUUAUUGUGUGGAAAUUUAACUAUUUAAUUUCGAGGUUUUCCGAUCGGAAGAAAGGUUUUUUUCAAUGUUUUCCCAACCAAACAGUCUUUUUUUAUGAACACGAGCGAAGCUUCUUAGCAGAUACUUGAGUUUUUCAUUCUUAUAUUAUUUUCUCCAGAAUUUUGGUACUAGUUUUUUUUCCAUUUUUUUAUUACCAAUUUUAGAGUUUCUUGUAGAAAGUAGUUUUUUGUAAGUUAACAUAUUGAAAAACUACAGGAAAUACUCUGAUUUUUUUUUCAGUUUCUUACUCGCAAUCUUCUCGAGUCGGUGGUUUCCGUUUUACUGGAACUCGGCGGCGUUGUCAGCAGUGACACUUCUUUUCCGUUCGAAAAAUUGAUCCGCGACAUUUCCACUCUGCUCUCAUUGGUUUUUUUUUAUGAUCUGAUUGGUUUCAAUACGGCUUGUGAAGGUGGAAGAUGGAGCCGAUGUUGAGAAAAUCGCCUUGGCCACGGUGGCUACUUGGACGACAUCAACGGGCCAUCAAAGGUUAUCUUAUUUCUCAAUUAGUUACAUUAAAAAUGAAAACAGGAUAACGAGCACCUUGAAGCGUUUUUUGAAGCAGGAAAGUGAAAACGAAGCUCUUCGGAACCCUGGCCUUACCCAUUAUAUCGCCGAACAUGCUCAUCCGUCACUUCAGGUGCACGAAAAAAUAUGAACUGCUUAAUUCUAGAUUUUCCCAGAAAGCCUGUCAAGAUCUGGAGUUCUCGAUGUCACGAAUUAACGCGGUAAUGUCGAAAAUGGUCGGUUCCAAGGGGAAGAACAUUGAACAGGACUAUGGUAGUCUCGAGGCUCUCGUCACCGUUCUGAAGGUCCUUCUUGUCUCAUUCCGGUUCCACUCAUUUUCGGCUUUCAGAACAACUUUGUGAUGGUUUCCACCAUAUCCAGAGCUUCAAGGUCCUAUUCGAUUGGUUUGCGAAACUCAGAUAUCGAGCUUGCUUGGGCCACGAUGAUUUGUUCGAGGUUUCCGAAACUUGAGUUUUUCAGUUGCACAAGAGCAAAAGAUUAAGACACUGGAAAAAAGAGGAAAAAAAAACUCCGUUUAGGAAAAUAAAAACACUAGUUAGCCUGUCUCCCAAAUUAAACGAAUAUAAUCUCUAAAUUUUGAAAAAAAUAUUUGUUUUUCUUUGUGUAGCUCUUGAGUAAAGCUUGAAAAAAAUGAAAACUUUAAUUUUUGAAAGAUCUCUCCAAUAUUGUGCGUGAAGAAGAUGUUAAAAAGUGUAAUUUUUUUUACUUCGGUAUUGAAUCGUCAAAAAGUUGUUUAUUUUCCCUUCCAGUUUUACUUGUACUUUUUCAUGUUUAGUUUGAACUUUCAAAAGUUUGGAUCUGAAAUUGAUAUUAAUUUGCAAAUACGGACGUGCCGUUUUAAAAACGAAAAAUUGAUGAAAAUGAAAACGGAAAAAGUGUUGCAGGCUAUCUCGGAUGACUUGGUUUGAGCUGGACGCUCUUUCGGACCUUUUUGGCCUGGUCAAGCUGAAUCCUUCGCUUCUCGCAGCUGGUCGCGCUGUUUUCGACCUUGGCGGAUACGUCAUCGAGUCUCCCUUGGAGCGUAAUUGGUAG